GCGGCGGUAGAAGUCCUCUUAGGAUCACAACAUCCAGCUUGUGAUGUUAUAUAUUUGAAGCUUGCUGCUCAUUUGCAAAAUGGGGAUAUUUAAUCAUGUGGUACUGGCUUUAUGUGUACUGCAUCUAUUCUUGAAUGGCCGCCCAACUGUGAAUGCAUCCAGGAAGCCAUGGACAACUGCUAGUAACAGGAGGGCUAGAGCUGCAAACAGACCGGUGCCCAUCAACUGUAAAGUGGGGAGUUGGUCAUCUUGGACACGAUGUGACUCCUGCACAGAUAAAACGCUACGUUUCCAACAUUUGGAGAAACCGUCACAGUUUGGUGGAAUACAUUGUGUUGGGUCAUUGUGGGAAACGCUGGCAUGUCCGAGAGCGACCACGCAAUGUAUGGUCAAAGAUUACUGUGGAGAGAGUUUCACCUGCAAAGAAACAGGACGCUGCAUCAGCCAGUCCCUUCGCUGUAACGGUGAGGGGGACUGCGACAAUUUUUCUGACGAAGACCAAUGUGAGCGUAUCAACCAAAGAGAAGACAAGUGUUCCACCCUGAUACCAAUUCCCGGUGCUGAGCGUGGCACACAGGGCUACAACAUCCUAACCGGAGACUUUAUGAAUCAAGUGCUUGACCCUAAAUACUUUGGAGGAAAGUGUGAAUACGUCUAUAACGGAGACUGGAGCAAAUUAAUGUACGAUACAUUCUGUGAGAGCCUACAAUACAAUGAAGAUGAGAAAAACUACCGGAAACCUUAUAACUACCUUACCUACCGUUUUGUGGCUGAAGCCACGUCCAAGGGCUCCGAUGAAUAUUACGAAGAUAUGCAUAGCCUGUUGAAAGCGAGGCAAUCCAUGUCGUCCUUCAAUCUUGGUGUCUCUGUUGGGAUCGGUUCUGUGGAAGUUGGACUGAAAGGAAGCGAAGAAUCAGAAUUUCUCAAGAAUAUCACAAAAUAUCAAAGCCAGGACCUUGGCUUCAUUAGGCUUUGGUCCAAAGUGCAAACCGCCCACUUCAAAAUGCGAAGUAACCAACUGAUGCUUCAUGAAGAUUUCUAUGUUGCACUCAUGGAGCUUCCUGAGCAGUAUGACUUUGGCGUUUACUCCCACUUCCUGAGCACCUUUGGCACCCACUACGUCACAGAGGGAACCAUGGGGGGAACUCUGGAAUACGUUGCCAUUCUAAGCAAAACAGCUAUGGCCAAUUCAAAUGUUGAUGCAGAAAGAUUUCAGAAAUGCUUCGGUGUCUCUCUUGGCAUAAGUCAUCCAGUCAGCAAAAUUAUGAAAGUUGGUUUUAGGGUUGGAGGAAGUUACUGUGAAAAUAAAAAGAACAGUUUUACAGCAAGCCCGUCCGAGUCCUCCGUGGUUGAGGACAUUAUCACUCUGGUAAAAGGGGGGAUCACAGAGACUGGCUCAGGACUGCUGGCCAUCAGGAACCCAGAAACAUACGGAAAGUGGGGAGGUUCUCUCAAAUAUAACCCAGCUUUGACUGAUUUUGAGAUUAUGCCGAUUUAUGAGGGUGUGCGCCUUAGCACGGCCGCUGACCAUGCAGGGGCGAGAAUAGAGAACCUGCAAAGGGCCAUAGAUGAGUAUCUGCAGCAGUUUGAUGCUUGUCAAUGCGCCCCCUGCAGGCACAAUGGGAUUCCUGUGCUCUCAGGCACCUCCUGUAGCUGCAUCUGUAAGUCAGGCUUCGAGGGCAAGGCCUGCGAGGAGACUCUCAGAAGAGAUGCCAAGACAGAUGGCUCGUGGUCCUGCUGGGGGUCAUGGUCUUCCUGCUCAACAGGGGCGAAAAGCAGGACAAGAGUGUGCAAUAAUCCUGCACCUGAAAGGGGUGGGGCGGCCUGCCUGGGCUCAGCCACUCAGACUCAUCGGUGCUAAAAGUACCAGGUUUUUUCCUCAAGAUUGAAGAGAUAGCAGAAAUACCGAGCUACAAUUGUGGUAUUAUAAAAAUAAAUGAGUUUUAGAGA